AUGAAAAUCCUUCCUUUUCUCCUCGUUCUCCUCUUGGUGGCAUUUCAAGGAGCUGCAGAGUCGGGUCUCUGCUGGCGACUCGCAGGCAUGCGGAUCCUGCCUGUCCUCUGUGCUCUGCUCCUCCUGAUGUUCCGGGGAGCGACAGGGCUGCCCCCGGUCCGAGCAUCAGCCCAGGACUGCGAGCGCCGCGGAGGAUUCUGCUCCCACAGCUCCUGCCCGCCGGGCAUCGGCCGCGUCGGCCUCUGCUCCGAGCGGGAAUUCUGCUGUCGGAUGCGCUGGUAUCCCUGAUGGGCUCCUGGAUCCCCGAGCAGGACACCAGCCCCUGCCCUCGCUGUGUGGUCGGGAUGAUGCUGCCUGGAGGCACCAAGGAUUGCCAGGGGCAGAGGCAACCCUGCACAGCCAGAGCUGGAUCCUAUGGGAAUCCCAUGCCCCAGUGUCCCCAAUACAGGGUGGUGGUUCCCACUGCCGAGAUAUA